AUGAGCGUAGCACAACCAACGAGCCAACACAUUCCACUAGACUACGUGAAGAGUUUAUUAGCCGCAAAUGGGUUACCCGAUUUAAGUGAUGAAAUGGUGACUUUAAUAUCUGAAGAAGCCGAGGGAGCUCUUACUGAGUUAUUUACUGAGUCUUCAAAGUUUAUGAGACAUUCCAGAAGAAAAGUACUGAGUAUCAACGACAUCAACUCAGCUUUAAAAGUCAAGAAAAUGGAACCGUAUUAUGGCUAUAACCCAGCAGUUCCAUUGUAUUACCAACGACUUCACUCGAAUCACGAAAUGUUUGUGAGACAAGAACAAACGAUUGACUUGUCGGAGUCUGUCCACUCGCAAUUCUUCCCUGACAUUCCAAGAGAUAUCAAUAUAGGAUGUCACUGGUUGACUGUUGAUGGAGUGCAGCCACAAAUUCCUCAAAAUCCGUCUGUAUUUGUAGCGGAGAAAGUGAAGAAAGAAGAGACGAUUGAAACGAAACCGAUCAUAAGACACUCUUUGAGUAAGGAACUUCAAAUGUACUAUGAUAUGGUAGUUGAGGUAUUGAAUACAACACAAAAGGAGAAGAUUAGUUCGUGUCUUGACUCAGUCAAGUCUGAUUCUGGACUCCAACAGUUGACUCCUUAUUUCAUUCGAUACAUCUCAAACCACGUGUUAACCAAUUUAAAUACGUUGGACAUCCUCUCGAAUAUGCUUGGACUUGUGAACGCACUCUCGGAGAAUCAGAACGUUAAUUUAGAGCCAUACUUGCAUCAAUUAUUCCCAGUGAUAUUAACUUUAGUCGUCACAAAGCAAAUAGGGACGGGAGCAAUGGAAGACCACUGGGAGAUCAGAACACGAGCAGCAAAAAUUGUCAAGAAGUUGAGCGAAAGGUAUUCCGACAAAUACGGAAGGUUGAACGCCAGACUCCUCCAAACAUAUCUGAAAGCAAUCACAGAAGCUACUAAACCUUUGACUACACAAUACGGUGGAAUAGUCGGAAUCACUGCGAUGGGUGAAAGGGCAGUAUUCCAUUUACUUGUCCCCGCAAUGAAAAGUCUGAAGGAACGAUAUGAAGGAAGUGAUGUUGAACAGAAAAUGUGUUCGAAAGCUCUCUUCGACGCAGGGUUCUUGCUUGCUAAGAAACUGAAAGAAAUCAUGGAAACAGACAAACAAGGAGAAUUAAAAGAAUUAAAUAAAGAACUCGUCGGAGAAGAAUUUAAUGUCGACGCGACUUUUAAGAUGCUCCACGAUAUCUUCGGAGACUUGAUUAUCCCAGCUGAUAUCACUCCAAAGAAUGUGGGCGAUGUGUUAAUUUAA